UAAACCUCACACAGUAAGCUUCCUUUUUAAUUUUGGCCAGUUUUGCACAUUUUCCCAGUGGCUUUGAAAGUCAUAUCAAAUAUAAAAAAAUGUUUUACAGUAUUGUAUCCAAGUUAGAAAUUACACUAUAGAGACAACACUAGGUGUCAGAAUAAAAAUGUGAUAACUGGGACAAACAUUAAGAUGGAAAUAUAAUAAAACAAGUGUAUUCUCUUGCAGGACUGCUGUCAUUAACACUGAGUAUACAACAAGAGUAUAUUCUAAUCAAGGAGUCAAUGACAUGGAGAAAUGCACAGAAUUACUGCAGGACACACCAUACUGACCUGGUCACCAUUCAGAGUAAUGAAGACUGGACGCGUAUGCGAGAAGAUACAGAUAGUUUUCCUGGCUUUACCUGGAUCGGACUGCACAAUGACAUCAACAGCUGGCGCUGGUCCUAUAACGAGGAGAGUCUGGUGUUCAAGAACUGGGCUUCUGGUCAGCCAGAUAACUACUAUGGAAAAGAGCAGUGUGCUGGAAAAAGUUAUAACGGAGGCUGGCAAGAUAAGGGCUGCACCGACUUAAAUUAUUUCAUUUGUUAUGAUGGAAGUGCAAAUGCAACAGAGAAAAUGGUUUUGAGCAAGACUUCAAAGACGUGGAUUGAUGCUCAGGAGUACUGCAGACAUCAUUAUACAGAUCUGGCUACCAUUAGGAGUCCAGAAGACAAUGAUAAGAUAAACACGCUGCAAUCUAGUUUGCAGGCUUUUGUCUGGAUUGGAUUGUACAGAGAUAGUUGGAAGUGGUCAGAUCAGACAAACUUCACUUCCUCAACCCAACUCACCACUCAGAAAUUUGGACAACGGACCUUUGACUGCGUUGGUGCAUAUAUUAAUUCUGGUUCACUUGAGAGCUGGAGUUGCUCCUUAGUUUAUUACUUCUGCUGUAACACUGUCAAGAGGAAGAAGCAGAUGAUCCGAGUGCAGGUGAAAGCCGCUGAAAACGUGGAUGAAGAUAAACUGAAGGCGCUCGUCUUAAACCAGUUAAAGCAGACGCUGAGCGAUGAGGACAUCACUAUGACAUGGAGGACACAACCCAACGGGAAAGUCUGGACUGUACGGAAACGUAGUGAAGCAAACACUACUCUUGUUUGUCCUUCUUUUCCUUAAAUUAAUCAUUAGUUACAGAUAUCUGAAUAUUACAGUUAGAUUAAAAAAUUAUUGUAAUUUCUCAAAAAUAUUUACAUAUAUUCAUUCUGCAUUUAUUCAUAGUUGACAUAUGUAUGCCUAAAUAUGAACUAACAAAUGGUAGUAUUUAGGGAUGCACAAUAUUUGAUUUUUGCCAAUAUCCCAUAUGCCGAUAUUUUUCAAAUCAUUUUGGCCAGUAGCCGAUGUUGAUACUGAUGUGUUUCCCAUUGUUUUCAAACAACACUAAGUCUCUCCUGUGUGGAAAUAAUAAACAAAUAAAUUUUGGUUAUUUUUGAGCAAAAACUUAACAAACAUUAAAACUAAUAAAAUUUGUACAUUGUAUAUAAUUUUUUAUAAUUCAUAAGAAGAAAUAUUACAUAUUAGCAAAUCUGUAUAAAAUAUUUAAUUUAUUCAUGUAAAGAAUACAUGGCAAGAUAUAUAAGUAUAAUUCCUUCAAAUGCUGAUGUUUGCAUUUUAAGCCAUUUUUGGCCCGAUUCCGAUAACCUCAAUAAUAAUAAUAAUAUUGUGCAUCCCUAGGAAAAUGUUUUAGCAUUGAAAUUUUACUGCUACAUUGCCUUUUAGAGUAGAUAAAGGCCUUUUGGACGAUUAAAAAUGUUUUCCCAAAUGCAUAUCACAAAACCAUGAUCCUAAAGGAACCAGCCUAUUAAACUUUGUGGAAUAAAUGUACUAUAUAAAUGAGUCGGUUUCAAAACCGAUUCCAGUCCAGUUGAAUGUAUUACAGAAGGGUUAUAAUGGUUAGAGCUUAGAUCGGGCCCAACAAAUCAAGCCCGACCCUACCCGAG